GCCACUAAUGUAAGGUGCUGAUCAUCUAACUGCAAAAUGCCGCUGUUGGUGAAAUGGCCAUUCCCUGCACAUCCAUGCUUGAUAAGGAACAUCACAAGUACUGUGGUUAUGGGUCUCGUUGGAACCUAUAGCUGGUUUUGGACUAGUGAGUUGUUGGCAGAGUACAUGAAUCAUUUGAAUGUGCACAAUAAAGAAGUCCUUUAUGAACUGAUUGAAAGACGUAAUCCACACACUCCACUGAUCACCAUCUCAAACCACCAGUCCUGCAUGGAUGAUCCACACCUUUGGGGUAUCCUCAAAUUAAAACACAUUUGGAAUCUGCGCAGGAUGAGGUGGACCCCGACAGCUGCUGAUAUUUGCUUCACGAAGGAAUUCCACUCCGUGUUCUUCAGUCUUGGAAAGUGUGUGCCAGUAUGUCGUGGGGAUGGGGUGUAUCAGAGAGGGAUGGACUUCAUUGUGGAGAAAUUGGAUCAUGGAGAUUGGGUGCACGUGUUCCCUGAAGGAAAAGUUAAUAUGAGCCAGGACUUUGUGAGAUUAAAGUGGGGCAUUGGACGUUUGAUAUCUGAGUGCAGACAGAAUCCAAUUAUUCUUCCUGUCUGGCACAUGGGAAUGAAUGAUGUGCUUCCCAAUGAGCCACCUUAUAUCCCACGUUGUGGAAAGAAAAUUACAGUUUUGGUUGGUAAACCGGUCAGUGUAAUGGCAAUAGUGGAGAAGAUGAGAUCAGAAAACACACCAUCUGUUGAGAUGAGGAAAGCUGUGACAGACUACAUUCAGGAUGAGUUACGCAAGUUGAAGUUCCAGGCAGAGGCUCUCCAUCAGUGUUUGCAGAGGUGACAGUGGGGUAUCUCUGAUUAAACUGCGGCUGCUCCUCUUCCCCUUGAUCUCCAGUACAGGGGACACAGACUGCUUGGGGAUGAAGGAUGUUCUGACUUACCUGUUACAGAACUAAGUACCUCUGUAGCCUAUACUAUGAACUACUGCAAAGUGGAAUGUUUGGUUUCUCUCCCAUCUGGUUAUUAAAGUCAUCCAGCUUCUGUGAACUCUUUUAAGUUCUCCAUGUCAGCUCUAAACAUGCUGUCAUGGAAGGUAUCCGUCAUCUUAUGUAGCAGCAAAUGUGAUAUUAGUCGCUGUUUUAAUGUAUAAUUAGCUGGAAGCCCCUUGUUCCUUUCCUCCCUCCUCACAACACAUCGUACUAGUUGAUAUUCCAGGUCCAACAGAUUUGAAUAGUAAUAUUCUGUUUUGGGAAUCUAUCCGUGAAGACGGUUUCUCCCAGCAAUCCUGAUGAACCUCCAAUGACGUAAGAUUAAGGGUCUGUGCUGUUAUGCCCUUGUUGUGAUUCUUCAAACUGACUCCAGUGGCAAUGAAGUAAAGACAUAGCGACAUGGGAUAAGUGCCGUAACCUAUAUACCUUCUAAUAAUCAGAUCAAAUAAGUUUUUUCUGGGUUCCUGAGUGAAUAUUUCCCACCCUGGGAUUUACAGCAAAACUUGGCAAUACAUUGUCCCCCUAACUGUCAGAAACUCCGAAUUUACAUAGUAAGAGGCUGCUACAUUCUUACAGAAUGCAUUGUCAUAGCAACAACAAAAACAGCAUUUACAUAUAUAUAUAGCUAGAAAACGGUCAAUUUAUUAUCAAUAAACAACAAUCAGAACUUUGACUACACAUUGCCUUUAAUAUCAUGUACUUAUUUUAUUUUUUACAUCAUGCUGUAGGUUUUUAUUUUAUUAUUAUUAUUAAAUAUUGCCAAAGGAGUCCAGUGGUGAAACAGUUUAUCAGGUUUUUUCUAUUUACUGUGAUUAUCUAAAACAGGUUUGGCAUUGUCUUGCCAGAGCAUGUGAUUUUCGUUUUUUAAAUACUUUCUAACCAUGAUCUUACUAUGACAGUCUGUUUGAUAAUGUAUUACAUUACAAUGUAUUAAUAUUUUGUAAAAUAUUUUUAAUAAAGAUUCUGGAAACUUG